CCACACCACGACAUGUCGCUGUCACACACGCUAGAGCGCCUCUGUAGGCCGAUAGCCACACGUGCAACGCCCCUCACACAACAAUGUCGUCGCUACGCCUCCACAGACAUUGGCGACACAAUCACAGAACUCGAAGGCGGAUCCUCACUGCGGAAAUCAAAGGCCGACCUUGAAGGCUACGCCAACGACUUCGACCCCGUCGGCCGCGCCAGCAAGAGAAACCGCCAAUUACCCUCUUCACGCUACAAGUUCCGCCCACCCAAGUACUACCGCGGUCCUCUGCACCCUCACCAACCGCCUCCCAACUCGGACCCUGCAUCUCGUCUCUUCGAGCCUGGACCGUUCUCUGCUCCUCGUCUUGAGCAAACCUAUCAAUCUACCCUAGAGCCCGAUCUCAUGACAUUGGCAUACACGCAUUUCCCACCGGGCUACCGCGCACCACCAAAGGCACCCCGUCUGCGUUCCUGGGAAGGCGCAUCCCCAUACUACAAAAACCGUCCUCUACGCGGACCCAGAGGUUCAGAUGUCCUUCGUCUGUUGCGCAAACCCAUAACCUUCCGCAACGUCCCCGCGCUCGAGAAAAUCACAAUCCACACCAUGGUCAAAGGCGCCCUUGACGAUUCCGCCCACUUGCACGUCGCAGGCAUGAUUAUGCAAGCCAUCAGCAAUGUGCGCGUCACCACCCACAAGACGCGUAAAAACGUUGCAGGCUUUGGACUCCGAGCAGGACAGUAUGUUUCUGUUACUGCCGAGUUGAGGGGAGAGGAUAUGCAUCAUUUCAUGGCAAAGGUUAUUGAUAUCGUCAUGCCCAAGAUCAAGGAGUGGAAGGGUGUCAAGGGAAGUUCGGGAGACUCCAGUGGAAACUUGACGUUUGGAUUUAGUGCAGAGGAGACUGCGCUGUUCCCAGAGGUGGAGGUCAAUUAUGACAUGUAUCCCCCAAAGAUGAUUCCUGGAUUCCACGUCACGGUACAUACUACUGCUACCAACGACAGAGAUGGCAGACUCUUGCUCAGCUCCCUCGGUAUCCCCUUCUACGGCAAGCAGAUCAACUAAGAAUGCAGUAAAGUUCUGCCUUUCCCCCCCCCCCCCCCCCC